AUGAAGGGCGUGCACGUCUCUAACUACGACAUCGUGAGAGUACUCGGAAAGGGUAGCUUUGGCGUCGUUCGUCUUGUCCGCGAGAAGAGCGAUAACUGUGGCAGUCUCAGGGGAAGCAGCUGCAGCAUAAGAUACCUCGAUGGCUCGUUGAUACCAAAAGACGAUAGGCCUUCGCCGACAAUCCGCAAACAAAAGCAAGUCUUCGCCAUGAAGGUCAUCAGGAAGUCGGAUAUGCUUCGCAACAGUCAAGAGGGACAUUUGCGGGCAGAACGAGAUUUCCUAGUUGCUUCAGAGAACUCGCGAUGGGUGGUACCUCUCAUCUCUGCUUUCCAGGACAAUAACAACCUCUACCUCGUCAUGGAGUACAUGAUGGGCGGUGAUUUUCUGGGCCUACUUCUCCGCGAAGAUAUCUUAGACGAGAACGUUGCAAAGUGGUAUCUCGCGGAGAUGAUAUUGUGCAUCGAGGAAGCACAUAAGAUGAACUGGAUUCAUCGCGAUGUCAAGCCCGACAACUUCCUCAUCACCUCGUCUGGUCAUCUCAAGAUCUCUGACUUUGGCCUUGCUUUUGAUGGACACUGGGCCCAUAAUCAAACGUACUACAACGAACAACGGUACGGCUUACUCCGCGACUUGGACUUGCAUAUCAAAGGCGAUGCACAAGACGUUGAAGAAGAUAAGGACCGGCAGGACGCUCGCAAAACCAUGGAGCUUAUCAACGGAAGUGCAGCAGCGCGCGGCCGUUAUCAGACCAGACAGGACUCCGUGCAUGGACCCAUCAUCGACUGGUUAAACCGAGAAAAAAGGCGUGAAUUCGCAAAGAGCGUCGUGGGGACAAGUCAAUACAUGGCACCAGAGGUUAUACGAGGUGAAAGUUACGACGGUCGUUGCGACUGGUGGAGUAUUGGUAUUAUACUAUACGAGUGUCUCUACGGCUGCACACCUUUCUUUUGCGACAAUCGCCAAGCUACGAAGGCGCGCAUACUCGACCAUGGGCGGUGGCUGCGAUUCCCAUCCGAGCAGCGAUAUGCUCGUCCCAACAUUGACCGCGUACCAUUGAUGCCGGUUUCGCGCAAUGCGAUCGAUCUCAUAAUGCGACUGCUCGAGGAGAGACAAGAUCGACUCUCAGCUAAGCGAUACCGUGAGAACGACUGGGCCCUCUGUGACAAAGCUGUUGGUGCGCGCCGCAACCGGAACGUCAACACGACUGGCCAUAUCGUUUACCCUAAUGAUGCUGAAGACAUCAAGUCGCACUCAUUUUUCCGCAAUAUCCAGUGGUCACAGCUGCAUCUGACUCGCCCUCCAUUUGUACCUCGCGUUCACGGCGGCCAGCCAAUUACCAAGUACUUCGACGAUGAGGCUGAGAUCAUGAGCGCCUCUGAUCAUCUCGAUUCUUCAAGCUACGAGGCUGUCGGAGGAUUGUUAGUUCCCGAUAUAGAAGGUCGUGCUGGUAAGAACGAGACAACGCCCCUAGUCCAGUCGACUGCCCGGCAAAACGGCAUCGUCACACCCGCCCAGGCCUUGUUUGCCAAAUCAUUGCAGGACAUGAAGAGGCGCAAGAAAGAGAAGAAGAGGCCACGUGAUAAGCUUCUCCGAGAUCCAGAGGUUGGCCGUACGGUUUUGGAGCUCAGGAAGAAGGGCGCUUUUGUGGGCUACACAUACCGUAGGCCUAGGUUCUCGCUGCCUGACUUGGAGGACAAGAUCGCUACCACGAAACCUCAAAUCAGCCGGGCUGAAGUAGUUGCUGCGAGUUCCUAG